CGCCAUUUUGUCCACCGCCCAGCGAGCGAAGAGCUUGUGGGAGUGUGCCCGCUCGUGAAGUGUGGUUGGUGGCGGCGGUGUUUGGUGGUUUUUGUUGUUUUAUUCCGAUCGUCUCGUGCCAGUGUAGUGCUCCGACGGUGUGUCGGUGGUGGUGUCUGUGGAGUUUUCUUCGGUGACGCGAAGAAUUGUGCUUUUUCGCGUCCUCCUGUCGCCGGCAGGGGAACUCGCUUGCAAAGUGGCCCGGAACAGUUGUUAACCCAUCGAGCGGGUUUGCGCUACACACUCACAGAAUGCAGGCGAUCAAGUGCGUGGUCGUCGGUGACGGUGCCGUCGGUAAAACCUGUCUCCUCAUCAGCUAUACCACCAAUGCCUUCCCUGGCGAGUACAUACCCACAGUUUUCGACAACUACUCGGCCAAUGUUAUGGUCGAUGGCAAGCCUAUCAACCUUGGCCUGUGGGAUACGGCCGGUCAGGAGGACUACGACCGGCUUCGGCCACUUUCCUACCCUCAGACGGAUGUCUUUCUCAUCUGCUUCUCCCUGGUGAACCCAGCAUCCUUCGAAAACGUCAGGGCAAAGUGGUAUCCCGAGGUGAGCCACCACUGCCCCAACACGCCCAUCAUCCUAGUGGGCACCAAGCUGGACCUUCGGGAGGACAAGGACACCGUGGAGAAGCUGCGCGACCGCAAGCUCGCCCCCAUCACCUACCCGCAGGGGCUGGCCAUGGCCAAGGAGAUUGGCGCCGUCAAGUACCUCGAGUGCUCGGCCCUCACCCAGAAGGGCCUGAAGAACGUCUUCGACGAGGCCAUCCGCGCGGUGCUCUGCCCGCAGCCUAAGCCCAAGAAGCGGCGCCCCUGCUCACUGCUCUGAGUUUCUCUCUCUCCACGCGUCCCUUCCCGCUCUUCCUCCUCAAAUCUGCUCGUCUAGACGUCGCUCGAUGGCGGGGCAUCGCCCCCCCACAAGCGACCUCUCCGUUUAGACUUUGUUUUCUUCUCCCCGACUUGCCUACAUUGCGACCUUCUCAUAGUUUUUUUUUUUUCUUCUCUGCACUGGCUCAUCAGAGCCGUGCUGGUCAUCUGAACUAAGUGCUGAUGCCCAUCCGUUGUGCACAGGUGAUGUAGCUUGCUGAUGGUGUGCUGUUCUUUUAGCUGGAGUUAAGGAAUGUACUUGGUUUUUAACGGAUAACGUUUGCUUAGUUAACGGGCAGGAAGCUUGUUGCUGCUGCCAAGCCGUUGACUCUUGUUGCCUGCAGGCAGUGCUGACAGAAAGCGCGUUGAGGCUUUAAGACUUAGCCUAGUGGUGAGCGACCACGCAGUUGUCGAGAUUUUUGCUUUUGCAGAUAAAUUAUAUUAGCGUUCUAGGUCGUGUUUAUCUUCUGUAGGGCUCAUUGUCACCAAAUGCUGGUGUUGCAGGCACCCUACUCACUUGCUCUUUAAACCACUGGCUGGGUUUUUUGCCCCAUUCAGUUCAUCUGUGCUCGUCUUCUGCAGCCUUCGAGAUAAAUGUAGCUUUGUUUUUGCCUUUGUACGUACAUCAACUCCAUGACAGCUUUACCUCAACUAAUGCCGUGAGCGGCUGGUCUGACCCGUUGACAGGCUAGCUUGUGUCAUGCUACCAGUCUGUUUUAUAUCCUUGAAGUGUGGUUGCUUUUUUAUGCAUGUACUAGCCAAGCUAGAGUGCAGAAGGCUCCUCUUAGCAUUGGAAACCUGGCAUCAGACUUACGAUGAUGUGAGUUUUGCCUACAUCCAAUCACUGUUUGUGACAGGAAACUUGAAAUGAAUGGGUGGCACUGCCUGCAGACGACAGCUUAGAUAUGCAAAAGGUCUUAAAAAUAUCGAGGGCCUGCUAAUUCUUUGCCUAUCAAUGGCAGAUGUUGAGUGGCAUUGCGACGCCGCCAUGCCUGCAGUUGCUGUUCUGCGGGAGUUGGUGAAACAUAUCGCCUGACAAAUGUGCGGCACACACGAAAUUGUGUGCAGUUCGGUGCAAUUUCUGUUUCGUGCCACGAUUUAGGGUUAGCGCACUGUUAGGCCUAACUAGUUGAUGAAGGGCACCGUGACCUUUCUUUUGUUUUUUUCUCCGGACUGACAAGUUGCCAAAUGUGACAGAUGGCGUAAGUACAAGCCGGUACUCUAGCGACUUGGCUUGGCAAAAUAGAGUGGCUUUGUAACGGGCGCUGGCUGACGCGAGGUAUGAUGCAGAAGUUUUUGAAGGAUGGACGCCGCGCCGUCCCGCGGUUGGGACUGGCGCUUGCAUUGCAUCUCAGUGCCGAAUUGUUUUUUUUUGCAGCGCGAUGCCAAGGCUGUUGUGACUAUCGGAAUGAACUUUUCUGACAGUUGUUGGGUUUCAUCACUGUAAUUGCACGUGCGUUUUUUGCACUCUCAUCCUGUCAGAAAUGACGCCUCUACUCGCUUUUUUUCUUUGUCCUUAUUUGUUUCGCCCUCCCACCGUUUCUCGAAGGGACGUGCUCCUGUCUCAUCUUACAUGUAUAGCGUGGUUUCUUUGUACAAAAAAAAAGAAACAAUUUUCAUAUAUAGGCUUAGGACAGCAAGAAGUAUGUUGUAUACUUUGGACCUUUGCUACUGCCUAAUGAAAUCGCGAGGCUUAAACUAGGAACAGCAUUUCACUCGGAAGAUAUUUCACUGAUAUAAAGUGUUGAAUUUUUUUUGUGCCUUUAUUUAACCAGCAGUGUUGUGGUCGAUCUUUUUUUUGGGGGGCUUUUUGAGUACACGGUCACUGCCUUUUUUGACUGUGCAAGCAUUCUUAAUUAUCCUGAUUCUACCGCUGGCCUCUGUUUCAUGGAGGCUUCGUCAGUCACUUAAAAAUGUUUAGGAUCAGUUUAGAAGUGAUUUAAUUAGCCUCCCGUCUGAAUUUCAUAAUUAAAACUCAGUUGGUAGUUUUGUUUUGAAUGUAAAUAGAACAUUGCGCGGCAUUUCACAGCAGGAUGUUAUUUUGUUGUUUUUUUUUUUUUACGACAAUUAUGCAGUAAAUGCGUCGGUGUGCUGCGGCGCGAGGACAUCUAUUUGCAGUAGAAAUGCAGGGAUCCAAUUUUAUUUUUCUUAGAUCUCCCACCUCUUUGCAAAAGCACAUGUUAACAUUUUUCGGCUGUGGCUUUGUGCUGGUGAUGUUAUUUUUUUUUUCUUUUCAAUUUGAUCAUUUCCACUCUGCUCCUGAAUUAAUUUUAUUUUCAAUGCGCAAGCGGUGAGCAUUGCCCAAAGUUCGCAGCGCAUGUGAGGUGCCGCAACGUUUGUUCUUGACGUACCAACAGCUCUGUCAAGCAAAGACAACACGAAAUGCUGUACAAACCAUGUGAAGAAAGGCCUGUCAAGAUGUUGCGCUAUUGUUCAGUUACUGUAACGAAUUAUACGGUUGUUUAUCAAACAUU